GUCACAAAGCAGGGAGGGAGAGGAGAGAAGUCGAAGCUCUAUAACCCUAAUUUCUGGAAAAGUCUCCCUGUCGGUCUCGGUUGUGCAUUUCAUAAUCAAAGCCUCAUCGACUGUGUUAAGUUACCACCCCUGAGUAACCGAUCUUGUGAGUCCGGCAGCAUGGGACCUGAAAUCACAUUGAGAAUCCUUCCUUUUUAAAAUGAGUCACUGGCUGGCAGCUUCUUUUAAAUCUGGCAACUCGGCAAGAAAUCCAUUGCUGGAAGCUAUGCAUGGAUGCUUUCGUGAUGCGAUGACCGAGGGAUUGGCAGUUUAGAAUCCAGUUUUCUCUGUGAAGGAUAGGUGAUUUUUCCAUGCAGUGGAGUUCUUGUCACUCAUCAGCGGAGCAUGGAUCAGUGAAGCUUUUUUAGGGUUGUAUCUUUAUAACCGAUGGGCUUCUUGUAGAUCUGACGUGAGGGAAGGUCCUUUCAUGGAUCAUGAAUUAAUGUCGAUGUCGAAGAAACGCCCCAUUGUUUGCUAAGAUUGUUACGGGUUAUUGAAGAGUGAAGGUUCAGCGAGUGUCGGGUUGUGAGCACGAUAGUGAGAGUAUGUGUGUGGUCGGGCGAUAUGUAUUCUGGUGCAGGUUGAUGUGCCCACAGCGAAUUUUGUCCAUGUGGGUACUGUUUUGAAAUUUGGGUGAAGGUAGGUGACAGUAGAAUACGUAUUUUUUUGCCCUCGCAUUUCGGAGAACAGUUCGUGAUAAUGGUUAUGAAUUGAGAAACUCUUUGUGAGGUUGAUCUGAGUGACUUGACGUGGCACAGUUGGAUGCUUGAAUGAUUUGAACAAUGAGUGGACCCUACGGUAAUCAUCAGAGUAGAAACCUCGUGCAACCCCAACCCCAAUCUCUUUCUCAGAAUUUUCAACCGCAGAAUUAUUCUAACACGCAAUUUCAGCAGCCGUCGCAAGACUUGCUUCAACGCCAGUACUCUCAAGAAUACCAGAACGCCCAACAGCCACAAUUGAGUGCACAAGGCCAGCAGACCAAUGUGUCCGUACCACAACGCCAAUAUCCACAGCAAAACUAUAUGCAGCAAAGUUUGCAGCAUUUACAUCCUCAGCAGAAUGCACCACAACCGUUAUCCUAUGCACCAUUGAUACCACCAGCAUCGCAGAAUAUGCCAAUGCCAGAGCGAGGAUCUCUGAUCGCUGCAAGACCGUCACUGCAGAAGGGGCCGCCAAGAGAGUCACAGCAGAUGGGAAUGCCAAGAGGAUCACAGCAGAUGGGAAUACCAAGAGGUUCACAGCAGAUGAGUCUGCCAAGAGGGUCGAAGGGGAUGGGUUCUCCAAGAGAGUCACAACUAAUGGACGUCCGCAGAUCUUCUCGAGACGAGUCGCUGAGCCAGGAUCAAAGUCAAACUCGCUCGACAUCUCCAGCAGGGAGGUUCUUUCUAUCAUCUGUCGGCAUUCGAGUGAAGACACUAUCUUACGAAGGAUUUGCUAGAGUUUAUUUUGAGUUUGGUAGAUUGGAUAAAGAUCUUUCGAAGGAACACUUAAACAAGUGUUUGCGAUUCACUCCGAAAGAGAUUAGCCGUCCGUUGCUGAAAGACCUACACGGUGUGAGGACGACAUGGGCGGCCGUCACGAUCUUUGCACACAUCUUGGCAUACAUGGAAAUCAUACGAGGCACUGCUACCAAGUUCAAGCAUGCGUAUCAGAUUCUAUCGGCAGGAAUUAGUCGGCCGGACCUUCGUGAUGAGAUAUAUUGCCAGCUCUGCCGACAGACCAACUACAUCAUGAAUGAGGUCCAAGAAAAAAAGGGAUGGGAACUUCUAUUGCUCUGUUGCAGCAGCUUUCCACCAUCAAAGGAUUUUCUGCCAGCUUUGGAGGGUCAUUUCCAACAGGUAGCCAUUGGGGCAGUGAAAGGGUUCAAAGGGGAUGAGCAGGCCCAGAGAUGCCUUGAGCGCUUGCAGCGAGUAGCAAAGUCUGGGUCUCGCUACUUUCUCCCUGCACCUGAUGAAAUUGAAGCCAUUCGGAGUGAGACACAAAUUCCUGUGAAUAUAUAUCUACCCGAUGGAUCUAGUCAGGUACGCUCGAUGCACACCAUGACAUCCUCAUCUGAGGUGUCGCACGAUAUGGCCGAGGAGAUUGGACUGCCGGACCCAUCUCAGUAUGGAAUCUUUCAGAGUGGUACAGAUGGUGUUGAGAAGCUUUGUCCCCAGCUUGGGUAUAUAGUCGACAUACAGAAUGGUUGGAACAUCAAUUUAAAACUACAAAGUCUUGAAGACUGGCGCCUGAUGUCGAAGAUCAAAUUUUUCUUUGCUACCAGGGCACCUGUAGAUGAUGUCGAUGAGGCCAACGACUUGUCUAGUAUUCCCACCCUGGUAGGCAAUAAGAAGGGACGCCUUACGUUAAAGAGAAAGUUGUUUCUCGAUGGACCAGUUCCAAUUGAUCAGACGGUGAAGGAUGCGUCAAUUCGAUUUGAUUACUACCAAGCAGUGCACGAAGUGAUGACUGGGGCGUAUCUGCUCAAAGCAAGAGAUGCGUUGAUGUUAGGAGCUUUACAACUGCGGGUAGAUCUUGAUGAAAUGAAGAAAUUUACCGAGAAAUCGUUAAGAGGAGUAGACAUGCACAAAUAUGAACCGAAAGAGUUCAUCGCUGGAAAUCGAGAAGAAUGGCGGGCUGAGAUUUUAAAAGCCUUGCAAUCUUUGCCGAAGGAGUCCAACAAGCUUUUGCGCAUGUCCGACUAUAUCGAAUAUCUGAAAAGCAGAUGUCCACUCUACCAGUCGACCUGGAUCUUUGUGAAGCAAAAGGGUGAUAAAACAUUUCCAGAAGAACUGUUUCUGGCUAUCAAUGCAAUGGGUGUCCACUUUGCUGAUUCAGUUACCAAGGUCAGGAAUUACUUAUGCGGAUUCCGUUCACACAAAUCUGUAGUUGGGGGCAUUCGGUUGCUGUCGCAUCCAUUGUUACUGGCAACAUGAUUAACAAUCGGGACUACCGUCUCAUCACACGCCAGGGUGCAGAGAUUGGAGCUAUCAUAGAACUGUUUAUCAGUCGAUUGAUUUCGUGACGAAAAAUUCUUUACCAAGAAUAGUUCAGAAACCAUUUGUCAAAGAUAAACGGCUGUUGCAAAAGUAAUUGUUGAGGACUCACAAGUAAAAACUGUCAUCGAAAAUUUGGGGAUUUACAAAGGCUUCACACUCUUAAUGAAUGCAUUGUUGACAGAUACACAUUCUCAUCUCUGAAUGUGGAAUGAAAAUACCAUCUCUAUUUCAUUGAAGAUUGUGGGCUUCGAGGCUGGUAUUUACAUGCAUAGCAAGUUGCUAUUCAACUUGCCUUAUUACGUAACGACUAUUGCAGUCAUAGGAAGGGGGUGAUGUAGCUCGUUAUGGUGUUGCUUCGAGUGAAACUGCGGGCGAGUAAAUACUGAUGGCUACUUAGGUGAAUUGGCUAGUCUACUUGAUGGAGGUUAGUCCUAGUUGUCAUCUUGCUCCUACGGUGAUCUUAGGUGGCAUUAAGGAGGCUGAUGUGUACUUCUUGCCGACUCUAUCACUCGCAUCAGUCCUUGUGUGCUUUCUUUUCAGGAAGUGUGAUGAUACUCUCCCUGUUUUGUUUUUCUCUGUCUUUUCCUUAGGAUCGAUCAUGGCGUUGUGUGCUGACGUUAAGAGGUUAUCGACUUUGAAAUUGCUUCUCCUUGUGUUGUGUGAUCUUGUCGAGUUAUGUUGUCGUGUAGUUACAAAUUCGUUUGAGAUUCUUGAGGGGGUAUUAUUGAGGGUUUUGUUUGCUUCACAAUUAAUUGAUGCACUAAACUUGGCCUUCCUAAUUGCUUGAUUUGUAAGUUGAUUUGGCCAAAGAUUAGCUCUCUGGACGACUGUUAUCUCCUUCUUCAACUGAGGCGUGCGAGUAAGUGAUGGUAUGAGGAGAUUAGUUUGACUUUGGAUUGGUGUGCCGCGGACUUCACAAGGCUCGACACUAUCGGGCAUGUUUAUUAUGCUGGAAAGAUGGGGCACGACAGAGUGCCUGUGCAUGUGAGGUACCGGUAAAAUGUGGCAGUCUUUAGAGAGCUUUUGCGAGAGGAUUUGGAUUCUUUUGUGAAGAAUUUUAGGGAUGACGAGAGUCUUGAUUCCAAUGCUGGUGAAAUAAUACUUGAUGAUUCUAUGCGGAAGUUGUGCAUGGAGGAAGAUCUGUCGUGGCUGGAUGUUCAAAAUCUUGGUUCAUUUUGGGAUUGUAUAAUCCUAUUUUUAUUGCCAUGUGGUCGAACUUUGUUUGCCCUAUGGGUUUAGUGAAGAUGCCCGCCUCCUGGAUGUCUAUGGGUAUGAAAACUACUUCGAUGUUUCCAACUGCUGUUUUCUCCCCAAUAAAAUGAUGUUGUAAUUCUAUAUGCUUGGUGCGUGAGUGUAGUACUAGGUUUUUGACAAGUUUAAGAGCUCCUAAAUUAUUGUAGAGGAGUGUCGUUGGUCCUUUCAAUGGGAUGCCCAAAUCUGUAAGCAAUCCUCGCGCCCAUGUUAUUUCUUUUGCAGCCUCUGUGAAAGUACGAUAUUUAGCUUCUAUCGUAGACAUUGCAACGGUGGAUUGGAGCUUACUUUUCCAUAAAAUCGGUGCACUUUUAAAUUUUAACAAUAUUCUGGAUGUUGAUUUUUGCAUGUCAGGGUUGUGCACCUAGUCCAAAUCAGAGAAUGCAUGCAGGUCCAGUUUAUUGGUGCCUGCGAAAAGAAUUCCAAACUUUGUUGUGCCUCAGAGAUAUCGUAGCACUCUCUUGGCGGCAUCCAUGUGGGCCAAGAGCAGAGAAGUCAUGAAUCUGCUCAGUGUGGAAUCAAAAUAAGGAACGUCGGGACGGGAGUGAAUCAUGAAUAUUAAACUACCUACCAGGCUUUGGUAUGCAUGCCGGUCGGUUGAUGGGGAGUCCAUCUGCUGCUGAAGCUUGAUGUUGUUGUCCAUCAGCAUGAGUGAGGGGUUGCACGUCUGCAUGCCAAACUUAUGGAGGAGUUGUUCAGUGCAGUAUUCUUGGAAAACGAAGCUUCCCGUCUUGUUAUACUGAAAUUUGAGUCCUAUAUAAAGUGAUAGUGUUUCAAGUGCGAACAUCUUGUAUUUUAUUUGUGGAGGGGUUUUGAGGCUUCUGAGCUCUACAAUUGCGUCACUUUUAAACAUUAUAUCAUCCACAUACAAUAUGAGUGUAACAUAAUGUUUUUUGUAAGUGGUCUUUAUGUGCAGGUUGUGGUCAUGUUUACUUUGCUUGAGGUCGAUAUUGUGCCAAAAGCCAUCGAUAUCCAGGUACCACGCUCGGCCGGAGUGUUUCAACUUAUAGAUUGCCUUCUGCAAUCUGUAGACCAAGUAUUUAUUUCCCGGUUGCAUGAAAUCUUGUGGUUGUGUCAUGAAGACCUCUUCCGUAAUGGUGCCAUUUAGAUAUGCGGCCUUGACAUCUAAAUGCUUAAUUUUCCUCCACCAUUACUUUGCGCCACCCGGAGUGCUGAUUUGCAAUCUUGAAGUCUUUAGAUUUUGGUGUGGCGAUGAAGGAGAAGGCGUAGUCUAUAGCCUUGGUUGGUGCUCUCCGUAAUUUGGUUAAGGUUCAAGUAGGUGCAGUUGCUUGUUGUUGUCGUGCGCAUCCUUAUGAAGAUUCUCUUGCAGUGGUGGUGGUCACAGGGUCUAUGAUCUUAACAAUGUCAAACACUUACGUGACCUCUGUAUUUGUCUCAAGUACGAAACCUCGAUUCACUUUGCUUUGUGAUGGCUCUUCUCUAUUUUGAUGUGGCUAAUUAUGGUGUUCUAUCAAUUUUGAUUUGCUGUGUUCAUUUUGAAGUUGCAAAGGGAUUAUCGUUACUUCGGCUGGUAACAUGUGCGUGAAGACAGGUUUGGUGGUUGCCAUUUUUGACUCGUUGAAUUUUACGUCCUUCGUUAUGAAAAUCUUAUACUUGGUGAAGUGGUAGAGGCGAUAGGCCUUUAAUGCUUGGUCGUAACCUACCAUCAUACAUAUUGUACGUGAUUUUAGUUUUGUUUGUUUCGUCCGAAGAUGCACGUAUGUUGUGCACCCGAAUACUCGCAAAUGGCCAAGGUCAAUGUCCCUUUCUGUGUACUUAUAAAGUGGCGGUGUUUCCCCAUUUGAUUGUAUGGGUGUGAUGUUUACGAGGUACACUGCGGUGGCGACUGCUCUGGCCAAAGAUCGAGAGGGAGCAAUGUUUCUAUGGCCAUGGUUCUGGCUCGAUCAAGAAUAGUUCUAUUCAUUUGUUUUGCCACUCCAUUUUGGUGUGGAGUAUGCGGUGCAGUCAAAUGUCGUUUGAUCCCAACUUACUCGUAGAAUUCCAAAAAUUCUUUGGACAUGAACUCACCACCCUUAUUUUUGCGAAGGAUUUUAAUUUAAUGUUGGCCCUCGCCUUCUAUGUAGGCAUGAAAUCCCUUGAACUUAGUGAAAGUUGAGCUCUUAUUUUUCAAGAAGAAAACCCAUGUCAUCCUUCUGUAAUCAGCUAUGAUGGUAAAGAAGUACCUGGAAUUGCUUUGCGAGGUUUGUGAGCACGGACCGCAUAGAUCUGUAUGGAGCAGGUAGUGUUUGUUCAAUGCUCGGGUAGUACUCUCCUUUGGUGCGAUUGCCUUUGUUGAUUUUCCUUGAAUGCAUUCGUGACAAAACGGCUUAAUUAAAGAGAUGUACGGUAUGCCUUUGACGUGCGUGGCCAUUGACAAAUUGUAGAAGGUGUGGAAGUUUAUGUGCCGGAGUCUUCUAUGCAAAAGGAUUGUGUUACCUUGCUCGGUCAGAUUUGCCUCGAGUUGAGGCGGUGUAAGUUGAGGUGGUGCGGUUGGUUUGCUGAGGACAGACAAGCGGUACAGUCAGGUGGCUGAGUUGCGGACUCCUUCGCUGACUAUUGUUGUUGGCUUACUAUUUGUCAUGAUCCAGCAGCCACUUGACGUAAAGAUCAUCGCGCACCCUCUAUCGGUAAUUAUUCCCACCGAAAGAAGAUACUUUUGAACUCCUGUUACAUGUAGCAAUCUUGAAAUUUCUUUCACUAAAUUGCCGUAUUGAACCAUUACUGUUCCUUCUCUUCUUACUUCGUGCGAAUUGCCUGCUACUGAUUGGAUUUCAGAAUGUGGCAUUAGUUCAGAUGGAAUGCAAGUUUGACUUGGUGCCGAUGACAUGGACGGUGGCUCUAUUGUCUAAAUACCAAUAUUGGUCGUCAUGCUCGAGGUUGAAUGCCAGCAUUGCUACAAUGAAGAACUCUGGUUCAGCCUCUUCUUCCGAUUUCUUCUAACCUUGGUGUUGUUUGUUACUUUUCGUUUUUAGAUUCGCUUGGACUCCUGUUUGUUUCUACUCGUCUAACUUUUCUUGGUCGGGGACACUCUCUAACAUAGUAUUCCCACUUGUUGCAAUUGUUGCACCUCCCGUUUCGUUGCGGGCUCUUGUACUGAUUGUUGCUUAAGAACUCUCCUAAUCCAUAUCUUCAAGGUCGCUCUUCUUGUUCCUGUCUUCUGUAGUUCCUUUAGCUUCUUGGGUGGCGUUUGAAGCUUUGAAUCAUUAAAGACUCUUCUCGAUCGUUUAGUCUUGCUUUUUGUCUUUGUUCUUCAUAUAAGAGCCUGCUACAUAGGUUUUUGAAAUUUUGAAGUUGCUCUUGGCCUACGAUGUCUUGUAUGAAGUCUUCAUAGCUCGUGGGGAAUAUAUUAAGCGUUAGAUGAACCAACUUGUUGCCUUGAAUUUCUUCGCCGACCGUUGCUAAUUGAAUUGCAGUUUCUUUGAUACACCGUAUGAACUCCUCAAUUGGUGUACCUUCUUGCAUUUGUAGUGUGUAGAGAGUGUUUAGUAAUUGCAUAGUAUGUACCGCAUUCUGUCCUUCGUACAUUGUGGGUAGGAUCUUCCACGCAUUUGUUGGGUCAUUACAUUCUGCAAUAUGAUAAAUUUCUGCAUUCUUCACGG